UCUCUCUCCCUCUUGUCUCUCUCACUCUCACUCUCUCUCUCUCAUACACUCUUCUCAUCUUUCAACCUUUUAUCUUCGUCAUCAUCUUUAGUGAGAAGCGGAUCAAACGCCAAUUCGAAAAAAUAAAUUCAAACCUCCUUAACUUUCUGAUAUUUUGAUUAAUUUACGAAUUCAAAUCAUUUGCUCAUUCAAAGAGAUAUAAACCGAUUUAACUAAUCAAUUUUCGUGAGAGUAAGUGAGAGAGAGAUUUAUUUAUAUAUAUAGUGAGUUAGUGAGAGUGUUUGAGAGAGAGACUAUCAAAAAGUGAGAAAGUUAUAUUAACCUGAAGAUUUUUUUUAUCCAUCACUAUUAAUCAGAUAAUCUAAUCAACAAUCAACUAAUCCACUCGCUUUUGUUUUCUUGUUUGUUCAAAUCAACUAACAAUCUACUAACUAAUCAACCAGUUUUUUGUUUUCAUUAACUUAUUGUGUAUCUUAGUGGUUGACUGUUAAUUACAUUGUGAUUCAACAAUCAAUUCAAUUGGACAAUUUCAAUCAUUUAAUCAUCAAUAAUUAAACAAAAUUUAAAUUUGCAAAUAUGAGUUUUAAUCUGAGAAACAGCUUAACAACCAUUUACCUGAUAUCAUUGAUCUUGGUGAUUAAUUUAAUUGUUGCUCUUGCAGCUAAUCGGGAAACAAUUAAACGGAAUACCGAUGAACAAGAUGAUGAAUGGAUCACUAAACAGAGAUCUGGAGCUGAUUUAAUAUUUAAUUCCGGUCUUGAUAACGACCUCGGUCUGGACAAAUUCUAUACCCUUGUCCCUCGAUUUCGAGGAGUUGGACGAUUUUCACCAUCUUCAUCAUCUUCAUCCCCUUCGGGUCCAACUCGUGAUAUCUUGAGUCCAGAGAAAAGGCAAAUCCGUUAUCAUCAGUGUUACUUUAACCCGAUUUCCUGUUUCAGACGACGGAAGUAGAUUCACAAAGAUAAUCGAUAAUAUCAACAACAAAGUGAAAGAAAGUUAUCAAAACCAAAAAGAGAAAAAGUGAAAAUCGAGUAAAUCGAAACCGAAAAACAAAAAGUUCUGUAAUCGUAAAAAUUGAGAGAGAGAGAGAGAGAAAAAAAUUUGAAUUGAAAAUCAACAAAUUAAUCCAAUCAAAAUGAUAUGUAAUUGUAAUUGAAUUGCUAAAUUGUAUUAACUUCAUCAACACAAAUCAACUUCAAAUCAACUUGUAAACCUUUUAAAUUAAUAAUAAUAACAAUGCUAAUAACAUAUUAGUUGCUAAUAUUUAAUCAACAUUGUCGAUAAUAUCAUUAUGAUUUAUCAACUGUAAUCAAAUUAACUUUUAAAAUAUUGAACAUUAAAUCAUCUCAAAUCAG